CAAAUGAAAAUUUCAAAAAUGAAUUGCCAUGCGUGUCAAUGAAAGUUAUGCAAACACAGGAAAAGAAAAAUAUGGAAGUCAAAGAAUAUCAUAAGAAUGUAAGGGGAUAUGGAUAUGUGGAUUUUAAGCAGUCUAGUUAUGCUGUAAUGAUGGUCUCUGUGCAAUUUCUGCUGUUCUUUGGAUAUGUCCUUUCAAUGCCUGACUGCCCCCAAAAGUGUUUAUGUACCCCCUUUCUAACGGAUUGCCGCGGAGCCAGUUUAUAUGAAGUUCCACAUGGCAUCACUCCGAAAACAGAAACAUUGAUCUUGAGUGACAACCAUUUAACCCUCAUUUCUCCAGGAGUGCUUCAGCACCUUUUCAAUCUCACAUUCCUUGGUAUAGCCAACAACAAGCUGUCACUUCAGAAUGACUCUUUCGACGAUAUCAGCAAGAGCAUCCUCUCCCUGGAUCUCUCUGGGAAUAAUUUAAUGGAUCUACCAUCAAACUUGUUCAGGAACACAAAGAAGCUGGUUUGGUUAAACUUAGCUGAAAACGGUUUGAGUCUUCUGGACAGUACAGUUUUCAGUUCCCUAGGAAAACUCACCUAUUUGGAUCUCUCUAAUAACAGACUGAAGAUGCUUACACCAAUGUUUGUGGGGCUUUCCCAGCUUGAUACCUUAAUGCUGGCUGGUAACCAUCUCUCCACCAUACCACAGGGAGUUUUUGAUCCCAUCCCUAACCUUAAAAUCCUUGUUCUAUCCCACAAUGAAAUAAGCCAUUUGCCUGAGGGUUUGUUUGAUAACCUAAAGAGUCUUAAUGACUUGCUGCUAGAUUAUAAUAAUUUUACCGAGAUACCACAUGCUAUAUUCACAACCCUCCACAACCUAGAACAUUUUUCCAUUUCUAAAAACAGAAUCCAAAAUAUUCCACCUCUCUUGUUUGCUAGCAGGUUUACCUUGAGGAAACUUGAUCUGUCUAGUAAUUUACUAUCAGAGCUACCUUCUGACUUCCUUUCAGGUCUGGAGAAGCUGGAAGUUCUUAAUUUAUCUGCAAAUUGUAUUGGUAAUGUUCCCAAAAAUCUAUUCAUAAAUAACACUAGGCUAGAGUUUCUGCAUUUGGACAAAAUUUGUCUCCAGACUCUACCUAUUUUUUUAGGCCUUCAAAAUCUGAUUGAGUUAACUGUAUGCUGUAAUGGAUUAAAAUUUUUACCAAAAGCAUUCACUAACAAUAUGGUUAAUUUGGAACUACUAGAUCUCACCAAGAACAAUAUCAGUCAAAUAGAGGACGAUGCAUUUAAGAUGAACCCUAAUAUCACAAAAGUAAUUUUGACUGGGAAUCCAGUUUGCACAACUGAACGAUUUAUGCAUUACUCUUUUAAAGGACUAGACUGUAGCAAUAAAAAUUAAAAGAUUAUACUGUAGAAGGAUGAUUUUUAUCAAGAGCUGUACUUCUGCUACUUUCAA